AUGAGCACGAUGGAUGUUAGGAGAAAUGAGGAGAACACAAACGUUGCAUCCACGGGACAAUUCACAGCUGAGAAAGAUGGAAAUCAAGAAUCGUCCAAGUCAUCCGUCAGCUCAAAACCUUCAAAAAUAAGAUCUUUUAUGAGACUGUACUUUAAAGAAAACAAAAAAUUCACAUUUUCAAAGAAAAAAAACAAGGAAUUGCGUCCCUCAAACCCUUCUGAGGCAGCGUUGCAGUCGGAUCCUCAAAAAGCAUCUGCAGAAGAGGACAAGGAGUAUAUAAAUAAAGAAGAAAAUGCACCAAACAUGGAUUUGGCAUCUUCGACAAGUCCUAUGGGUUCCACGGGGCUGGAUUCUCUUUAUGUUAAGAAGCGGGACUUGAAAAAGUCAUUCUUUAAGGGCGGAAAGAAGAAAAAAGAUCCAAGUGCAAAAUCUAUCUUUAAUCCCCAGCAUAGGAGUCAGUCCAAUGGCUCAGAAAAUCAAACCCGAAAUACCACUGUGAAUAAUAUCAAUCCGGCGGAGGAAGGACGCAAGGUAGUAUCGCAAAAGAAGAAGAUGGGUUCCAAUGCGAGAAAGUAUUCUUCAAACUCUGUUAAGAUUGGUAAUGUUGAAGUUGGACCAUCCAGUUUUGAAAAGGUUUUCUUGCUUGGAAAAGGUGGUGUCGGUCGGGUUUAUCUUGUUCGUGAGAAAAAGACUACACGUUUCUUUGCCAUGAAAGUAUUAAACAAACAAGAAAUGAUUAAGAGAAAUAAGAUAAAACGGGCAUUUGCCGAACAGGAAAUUUUGGCUACGAGUAAUCAUCCUUUCAUCGUUACUCUAUAUCACUCUUUUCAAUCCGAUGAGUACCUGUAUUUAUGUAUGGAGUACUGUAUGGGUGGUGAAUUCUUUAGAGCCCUGCAACGUCGCCCAGGACGCUGUCUGGCAGAGCAUGAGGCUAAAUUCUACAUUGCCGAAGUUACAGCUGCUUUAGAAUACCUUCAUCUUAUGGGAUUUAUCUACCGUGAUCUAAAACCUGAAAAUAUUUUGUUGCAUGAAUCUGGUCAUAUUAUGCUUUCCGACUUUGAUCUUUCCAAACAGUCAGGUUCUAUUGGUUCGCCAACUGUUAUUCAAGCUCGUAAUAGCAGUCCAUCUUCGCAAAGUACUUAUGCUUUAGAUACUAAAUCUUGUAUUGCUAAUUUCCGCACAAAUUCGUUUGUCGGUACGGAGGAGUACAUUGCUCCUGAAGUUAUCAAAGGAUGUGGCCACACUAGCGCUGUGGAUUGGUGGACUUUGGGUAUUCUAUUUUAUGAAAUGCUUUAUGCUACUACGCCUUUCAAAGGAAAAAACAGAAAUAUGACGUUUUCAAAUAUCUUGCAUCGUGAAGUUGUAUUCCCAGAAUAUUCUAACGCUCCUUCCAUUUCUAGUCUGUGCAAGUCGCUUAUUCGAAAACUAUUAUUAAAAGAUGAAAACGAUCGUUUAGGGUCGCAGGCAGGUGCAUCUGACGUGAAAUUACAUCCAUUCUUUAAAAACGUUCAGUGGGCUUUAUUGCGUCACACUGAACCGCCGAUUAUACCUCGCCUUGCUCCUACGGAUGAAUCGGGUAAUCCAAACAUUGCUCAUUUGAAAGAAAGCAAGAGUUUGGAUAUAACUUCUUCUGCUCAAAAUUCUCAGACAGUGGAAGUUCCCCUAUCUAACCUCAAAGACCAAGAAGACGAUCCUUUUCUUUCGUUUAACUCAGUUACUGUACAUCAUGAUUGGGAUUAA